AUGGAGACCUCCAAGAAAAUCCCCAGCCAAGAAAAUACCUUGGCACUCAGGGCUCGUGGACAGGCCUUGCUGCAGGUGGCCACGCUGAGGGUCCACAGAGGCAAGGUCAGAUACAAGUGUCGGGAGUGUGGCAAAUCCUUUAGUCGGUCCUCACACCUCACUGACCAUGUGAGGGUCCACACGGGGGAAAGACCCUUUGGGUGUGACCGAUGCCGGCAGACCUUCGCCCAGGUGUCAUCGCUCCGAUUGCACGCGCGAAUUCACACGGGAGAGAAGCCCUUUCCUUGCGACCAGUGCCCCAAGACCUUCCUCCGUUCCACGUCCCUCAUCGAACACCUGAGAAUCCACACAGGGGAGAGACCGUUCUGGUGCGACAAGUGUCGCAAGAGCUUCACCCGGGCCUCAGCCCUCGGCCUCCACCGGAGGAUGCAUGCUCAAGAGCAGCCUUUCAAGUGUGACAGAUGUCAGCGGACCUUCAUCCAGUCUUCGAGCCUCAUCGAGCAUAAGCGAGUCCACACGGGGGAGAAGCCUUACAAAUGCACCGUGUGCGGGAAGACCUUCACGCAGUCUUCGAGCCUCACCACGCACAGACGCAUCCACACGGGAGAGAAGCCUUUUAAGUGUGAGCUUCGCAGGAGACGCUUCAAUCACUCCUCGGCCUUUGCCAGGCAUCUGAGGGUGCACUGUGGACAGAAACCUUUCACUGAGAGAAAACAUCUGUCGAGCACUCCUGAGCCCUUAGCAAGCAAAUGACAAAGGAGGCCAGCCAGGGCGAGAGCAUAGCAGGGAGGGUGCUGGCCUGGCAGGCUGCAGACUUGGGGUCCAUCUCUGGCAUCCCGUAGGAUCCUCUGAACACCUCCAGGAGUGAGGCCUGAGUGCAGAGCCAGGAGGUUCCCUAGAGCAUUACCCGGAGUGGCCCCAAAGGGAAAUGUCCUCAGACAUUAGGCCUUGGAAUGAACACCUGGAAGUUCUAGAAUAUUCCAGAGACACUUUUGAAAAAUAUGCCAAGUUCGAGCAAGUUGUUCAAAUAAUUCAAAUUUUACUUUUUUUUUU